CAACUUCCAACCGCCAUCUCCACCAUGCACACAUCAAACAGCACAUCUUCAAGCAGUACUACUAAUACUACUACUACUUCCACCACCCCGGGGCGUCACCCAACUUAUCGGGGUGUGCGCCGCAGGAGCAGUGGAAAAUGGGUGUCUGAAAUCCGGGAGCCAAGAAAGCCUAAUAGGAUUUGGCUAGGCACAUUUCCCACGCCGGAAAUGGCUGCGGUUGCUUAUGAUGUUGCAGCUAUUGCUCUCAAGGGUCAAGAUGCCGAGCUCAACUUCCCCAACUCGGCUUCCUCGUUGCCCGUGCCUGCCUCUAGUUCCUCACGUGACAUCCAGGCGGCGGCAGCCUCCGCUGCAGCUGCUAUAGGGGCAGCGGCGGCAGCCAUGGGAGUGGGAAAUGAUGAUUCUCAUUCAAGAACUGAGGUGCAGGCUCAGGGUCAUGGAACAAUUGAGGCUGCUGAUAGAGUUGCGUUGAGUGAUCAUCAGUUUGUUGAUGAGGAUCUGAUCUUUGACAUGCCUAACGUUCUGGUGAACAUGGCUGAGGGAAUGCUUCUUAGCCCUCCUCGCUUGGACAUAGCUGAUGAUGAUGUUGUUGGUGCUGAUCAAGAAGAUGAUCAGAACCUAUGGAAAUUUAAUUGA